AGUCAGCACCGUCCCGCCUCCUCUCCCUACACCAUCCUCAGAGCCUGCCCCUCCCGCCCUGCUGUCCUAAUCCUCCAGGGACUUGUCGCUCAAGGCCCAGAAGUCCACUCGCUGAGCUGGCUGGCAGCUGCUGCUCCACUCUAGCUCCUGCCGCACCUUCGGCCCUAGCAACGAUCCUUCCGAGCUCGCUCGGCUCUUUCCGCCCAACCGCGCGUUGCUCGCCGGGUCACGCAGCUUUCACCUCCUUUGCCGCCCACGCGCUCAGGACUCCGCAGGCUCCCUGCCGCUAGGUCGCCUAGCCUCGGGCUCCCAGCGAUUCCAAGCUUCAGGCCGACACCGCGGCGCCGCCCUCUCCAGCAAUACAGGAGACGCCACAGCCCGCAGGGCCCUCUGUCCGCUCGCCGACCACCAUGGCCCCUCAUCUAACAGGUAGCAGGAAGCGGAAAGCCGCCGAGGCAGAGGAGGGUGCGGGGAGCUCUUCGUCGCCAGGCCCCUCAGCGGUGAUGGCGACAGCCGAAGCAGGCCAAGCCGAGGGGUCGCUUUUACUGGUCAAGAAGCCGCGGCUGCCCAUGGCUCACCGCUCCUUCGUGCACUACCUGAAGGGCCGGGCGCUGGGCGAAGAGGGCCACCCGGGGCUGGCAGGCUUUGAGGACGACCUGCGCAGUUAUGGGGUCCUCAGGCUGCCAGAGCUGCUGAGGGAGCGCCAGCUGACGCUUGGCCCCCUCAACAAGGUGUUUGCAUCGCAGUGGCUAAAUGCCAGGCAGGUGGUGUGUGGCACCAAGUGCAACACGCUUUUUGUGGUCGAUGUCAAGACCGACCACAUCAUGCGCAUUCCUCUGAUGCGCGACAGGGUGCCCGACCUCUCCGGUGGCUCGCCCUCCUGUGGCAUUCAUGCUGUGGAGCUGAAUCCCUCCAAGACCCUCAUGGCCACUGGAGGGGAAAACCCCAACAGCCUUGCCGUCUACCAGCUGCCCACGCUGGAUCCCGUGUGCCUAGGAGAUUGCGAAGGCCACAGGGACUGGAUCAUCGCCAUCGCAUGGAUGAGUGACACUGUGGCUGUUACUGGUUCCCGCGAUGGCACCCUGGCACUCUGGCAGGUGGAUCCCGACAUGUUCAAUGGCAGCAUCGCUUGGCACAAGGAUGCGGGCCUUCCAGUGUAUGCUCACAUCCGUCCUACAGAUAUGGAGGCCAUUCCCAAAUCCGCUACCAAUCCUGGUAACCGCAAAGUUCGAGCCCUUGCGUACAGCAACAAAAACCAGGAGCUGGGAGCAGUGUCUCUGGAUGGCUACUUCCACCUGUGGAAAGCCAGGAGCUCCCUGUACAGGCUGAUGUCCCUAAAGCUGCCCUACUCCAGGGAGAACAUGUGUCUCACCUACUGUGAUGAGUUGUGCCUCUAUGCUGUCGGAUCCCAGUGUCAUGUUUCAUUCCUGGAUACUCGCCAAAGCCAGCAGAACAUCCGGCCAUUCUGCUCCCGAGAAGGAGGCAUUGGUGUGCAUUCCUUGAGUGUCCACCAGCAUAUUGUCACCGUGGGAACAGGUCACGGUUCUCUGCUCUUCUAUGACAUCCGUGCCCAGAAGUUCCUCGAGCAAAGAUCUGUAGCCAGUCCAGACAUGUUUCCUGUGCCCUCUGGAAGGAAGCUCAAGCUCACCUGUGGCAGCGGCUGGAUCAACCAGAAUGAUUUCUUAAAGAAUUACGCUGCUGGUGUAGAUUUCCCCAACGCACUCUACACUCACUGCUACAACUGGCCAGAGAUGAAGCUCUUCGUGGGUGGGGGCCCACUGGCCUCAGGCCUCCAUGGCAACUAUGCAGGCCUCUGGAGCUAA